GCGCCUUGAGCACUUUUAUAUGUUCGCACAGUGUGCGGAGGCUCUAAGCAUCGGCGGUCUAUGCAAGUGGCGAUUCUGGACUGCAGAUUACAUUUAGUUGCUGGACUUUUUCACGGAGCUGACAGCGAUACUUUACUACCAGGAGAUCUAGCCAAGGAGACAGGGGGGAAUGGCAGACCGCAUGAUGGCUAUGAACCAUGGACGAUUCCCCGAAGCUGUUAAUGGUCUUCAUCACCACCAACAAGCGCGUCGGAUGGGAAUGGGCCAGUUUUCAAACCCGCAUCACCAUCAGCAGCAGCAGCAACAGCAGCAGCAGCAGCAUGGCUACAGUGGGUUAAUGGGCGAUCAUUUGCACUACGGAGGGGGGAAUGUAAACUCAAACCACGGGAUCCGGCAUCCUAUAGGCUCUGGGAAUGUAAACGGAGGACAUGCGAGCGCCACGAUGCCCCAAGCCGCCCGCUACGGCUCCCACUACGUGGGUAGCGGUCAAGGACAACUGCCGGCCAGCAUGCAGCUGCAGAAGCUGAACACGCCGUAUUACAGCCACCUCACGCAACCCUCUCAUCACCAUUACAUGCCCGAUCUGCAUCCUGCAAGCCAUCAGAUUAACGGGCACGGACAGCAAUUCAGAGACAACAACCCGAAACUCAGCAGCCUGCCCACGCCGGCGCAUCAUGUGCCCGCAGCAAUACUGCCCCCCAACGUCAUCGACACGGAUUUUCUGGACGAGGAGGUCUUGAUGUCUUUGGUCAUAGAAAUGGGACUGGACCGCAUCAAGGAGCUACCGGAACUAUGGUUGGGACAAAACGAGUUUGAUUUCAUGACAGACUUCGUGUGCAAACAACAGCCGAGCCGAGUCAGCUGCUGAUCCCACCAAGAGGACUGGUAUUUUUAAUUUGCUCAUAUGACUUUAAAAACAUUCCCCCCUUUUUAUCCGGUAGCUAUGAUUCAAUCACUUUCAUAAAACAUAUUCAGCGCGGAGAAGGAAGAUAUCUACCACCUAUUCAUGAUUAUUUUAUCCCUCUAAGAUUUAGAGGUGCUUCUUGUAAAUCGUAUGCGACAUGGAGAGAGAUUGGUAUGACAUAUAGAAGUGUACGCCAUCGCAAGGACUUUUUCCCUGUUUUUUGUUCAGAGUAAAUGGUUUCUUAGUCCAUGCUAUGCAUCAUGGCUUGAUUACGCGAAACUUUGGAGAAUUAAGUUGGUUUUGCGGUCCUUGAAAUUCGUUAAGGAAAAAAAAGCACAAUUGAAUUGUGUAACAUACCCUGCUAACGGUACAACUGCUGUGCUCCGUCAAAUAUUUAUUUUACUGCAUCGUUUAAACAUUUUUGGAUUAGAGAUGUUAAAUUAAUAUAAAUUAAAACAUUAUUCGAAAUUUUGUAAGUGGUUAUUAAACAUGCUUGUAGGCAAGUACUGUGUAAUUGUUCCAGACAAUAAUAUACUGUACAAUUUAGUGGCCAUAUACUUACCCGAUAUCUGUGCUGUUAAAUGAUUUGUCUGAUUACCAAGGAAGAAAACUCCUUAAGAUGUGUCGGCAUGUUUUCAUUUUGUCCUCCUGCUGAAAUGUUUAUGAUGUUUAGAGUUACUCAUGUCAGUGAAACGAGUCUUGAGGUUAUUUCGGAAAUGUGUCGAGAUUAACUUUUUUUUAAGGGAAUCACAUUUGCAGACGUUUAGGGAGGGGAGAGUAGAAUGUGUUUAGAUCUCGCUUUAUCAGGGGGAAUGGCUAUGGGCGGGGCCACUCCUUCCUGAUCCUCCCCUGGCGAUUUUAUGUACAGACAAUAAAAUGGCAUGGGACAUCUACUACUCAUAAAAGCCAAAAUCCGCAGAAGUUUCUUCCUUUUUGGUUUUCAGAUUUUACACCACUGUGCUUCUUUAGUUUAUGCGAUACAUGGCAAUACUACUGUGCUGAGGCUUUCUAGGAAAGUUUGACAGUAUUUUUGUACAUUUUUAGAAGAAAAUAUUUAAUUUAUUAUAUUUUAAUUUGCAAACAUUAAUAAAGGCUGCUGAAAUGCGUCACAGAU